CCUCGCUUCCUCUCAUCGCAUGAGUUGACAUGGAUAGAAAAGAGCAGAAGCUUUGAACUAUCCCAACAGACUCCCGUCCUACCGAACCGAGACAAGUGGAGUGGAUAACCCAGUCAGACGAGAUCGCUAAUUAGACUACACACAGACUCGAAUACAUCGCUACAGUCGGUCCUCUCAUGCACCGUCCCGUUUCAUCUGUCGUUAUUAUAUGAUUAUUAUUGCGGCCGCUCGCACCUUGUUAUUCCGGUGGGGAGUAAAUUUAUAUGGCCGCGACGCUGAUCACGAUGAGCGCUGGGACCGGGACCGGGCAGGACGAGAUGUUCUACACCCUGCUCAAGCCCAUGCUUUCGGAAGGCUUCCCGGUCGAGGAGUCGGCUCUGUUCGGUUUCGAUACCAAGAACCUACUGACGGAAAGGAGUGGACAGAGUGAAUACGGGCACCAGACAGGGAAGAGUGAGCUGGAUAAGUACCUCUCCCCCCAGACGCCUCUCCUGAUGCCCCAUCCUGACCCUUCAGAGCAGAACAAGUCUCGGCGGGACAGUGCCUCUGUGAUGGAUCACUUCUUUGGCGACGACCAGGGUGGAUCUCCUUACAGCAUCAACAUGAACGUCUUCCUGCCCGACCUGGCCUACCUGAGGAUGGGCUUGUGUCGGCCGGCACGCCCAGGGCCUGGGGGUAACGGCGGAGGCAUGGGCCAGCAGGUCAAAACAGAACCCCCGUCCUCCUCUCCCUUCGCCCAUCCUCACCCUCACUGCCCCAGCAGUAGCGUCCACAGUAACAGCAUCAGCCUUUCCACGGUAACGUCGGUGUCUUCUUCUUCUUCUUCUUCGUUACCAGAGUUCACUAGUGUGUUCAGCCCGUCGGGUGGUGGUGACCCGACCUCUGACGCCGUGGCAACGGGAGGUUCUGUUUACGUGAAGGAGGAGCUGGGGUCGUUCGAUCUGCCUCACGACGACUCUCUGUUCCAGCUGCUCUCUGCGGAGCUGGACUCCGCCCCUCUCGCGCCCAUGCAUCACCACGGCAACAAUGCUCAUCACCGGGCGGGGCAGCAUCACGGAGGUUCCGGUCCCUCGCCCGUCAUGCACACCUUCCACGACCUACACUUAGCCGCCCAGGCCCAGCAGCAACACCAACAACUACAGAGUGCCAAGGAAAGCUACUGUGGUGGGCUGCACAGCGUGGGAGGGGCCUACCCUCACCCUCACUUCCUCCAGCAGCCCCAGCACCAUCAGGCCAAGGCCCCCUACCUGCCCCCCUCUCCUCCCAGCUCGGAGCCCAGCUCCCCAGAUCGUCAGAAGGACCUCCUUCAGAAUCUCUCGCCUCCCCCUUCAUAUGCCGCCACUAUCGCCUCCAAGCUGGGAGUGAGCGUCUCCCCCAGUCUUUCCCCCACCGGUGUGGCUCGGCCCUCAGCCUCAAGUCUAACUCCAACCCCAGGCUGCGGCCCAGCUCCAAGCCUGAACCAGUCCAUGCAGGUCCGCUACAACCGCAGGACCAACCCAGACCUGGAGAAGAGGAGGAUACACCACUGUGACUUCCCAGGAUGCAAGAAAGUGUACACCAAGUCUUCCCAUCUGAAAGCCCACCUGAGGACCCACACUGGUGAGAAGCCGUACAGGUGUUCGUGGGAUGGAUGUGACUGGCGUUUCGCCCGUUCUGAUGAGUUGACUCGUCACUUCAGGAAACACACAGGGGCCAAACCGUUCCAAUGCUCUGUCUGCUCUCGCUCCUUCUCCCGGUCAGAUCACCUGGCCCUGCAUAUGAAGAGGCACCAGAACUAACACACACAGGGGCCAAACCGUUCCAAUGCUCUGUCUGCUCUCGCUCCUUCUCCCGGUCAGAUCACCUGGCCCUGCAUAUGAAGAGGCACCAGAACUAACACACACACACAACACACACUAGCUUGAAUGAAGAGGCACCAGAACUAACACACACACACAACACACACUAGCUUGAAUGAAGAGGCACCAGAACUAACACACACACACACACACACACACACACACACACUAGCUUGAAUCACAUGGACAUGCACUCAAAUCAGGAAACGGUCAACCUAAACUGUACAGUGGUACAACACCACUUUCCUGGAAGAUACACUAUAGUCUUUAUCUUGGCCAGGUCACAGUUGUAAAUGACAACUCAACUGGCCUACCUGGUUAAAUAAAGGUGAAAUAAAAUUAAAUAAGUCUUAGACCAGUGGCUCCCAAACUGUGGGCAGGGACCCUGGUUUAGACUACAGUAUAACUUAUUAUCUGGGGGGGGGAGACCCUGGUUUGACAUCUGGUACUUUCCUGAAACACUGGAAUAGAUGUGUCUCUAUACUAUAUGGAGAACAGUAUCUCUCUCUCUCUCUCUCUCUCUCUCUCUCUCUCUCACUGUCUCUCUCUGUCUCUGUCUCUCUCUCUGUCUCUCUCUGUCUCU